AUGUCGUUCUCGCGCCCCAUCAAUGCUCCACCCCAUAUACAGCAACUACUAUCGCAACUCCAUCAAAUGUCAUUGGAACAAGAAGCCAGUUUCUCGAAAGAAGGGAAGAUGUCUUCCUCGGAUGUCCUCCGUGAUAUCGAGGAAGAACAACCAAACAAUAACCCCAAGGAGAACUUCGAUCGCUUCAUGCGAGACAAAUUCAUAGCCUUGGAUGAAGACAAAUGUCAAUUUGCCUACCAAUUGAUCAACGCCAUGGGUGCUACCAACAUCGUUGAGGCGGGCACUAGCUUCGGCGUCAGCACAAUCUACCUCGCUCUUGCUGUUGCCAGAACCAAGGCUGCCACCGGUAAACCCGGCGUUGUGAUCGCGACCGAAAAUGAAAGCGAAAAGGCAGCCAUCGCUCGCAAAUACUGGGCCCAGUGCGGCCCGGAAGUUGAGCAGGAGAUUGAGUUGAGAGAGGGUGAUCUUCUUGAGACCCUCAAGGAAGGGUUGCCAGACAUUGAUCUUCUUCUCCUCGACGUCUGGUCCACACUAUCUCUCUCCACGCUCAAGACAGUGCUACCUCGUCUUCGACCGGGAGCCGUCGUGCUUACUGAUAACACGAUCUCGGGAGCCAGCGGCUAUGCAGACCUUCUGGCUUAUUUGCGAGCACCUGAGAAUGGAUUCCAAAACAUGACUCUUCCUUUUACUAAUGGAUUUGAGAUGAGUGUUUACCGGCCUCAAUAA